CUUAAACCCCACAACCCAGUCCUGAGUCCUCUUCCAAGCCCACUCUCUCUAUCUAUCUCUCUUCCUUCUGCAUUUUCUCUCUUCUCCCACCUCCAAUGGGAUUUCGUUUUGAUUUCUAUUGAUAAAGAAAGAUUGCAUUUUCAUGGAAGAAAAUGCGAGUCUCAUCAUCUGGGAAUUCAAGAUCUUAACUUCCAUUCCAAACUUGCAAAUUUCUGAAACCAUGAAGAACUUUUGCUCUUCGAUCUCCUCAAGUCCUCUGUUUUCCAGCAUUGUUGCUCUCUAUGCUCUGAUCCUCCUCUACCUCCCGAACCAUUUCCUCCGAAUCGUUUUCUCGCCGGUCCUGAUCAUCACCGGAAUUCUCCUACUCACGAUUCUCCGUAUGGGCGCGAUUCAGAGGAUUGAAACGGAAGACGAUGAACGCGAACAAAUGGAAACCAAUCGCUCUCUGCUCGAAAGCGAAGAAAACAGGGGAAGCAGCAAUGGACUCCAAGAACAAAUCCCAAGUUUGCAAGACGACCAAGAACACAGAUUUUUCGACAACCAAUCCGAAACGGACUCCGAAAGCGAAGCGGGUUUCGACCCGAACCCGUGUUUCGAAGACUUGUUCGUUGAGUGGAACCUGAAGGCGCCAUUGGAGGUCAUUUAUGAAGAGUAUGAAGGUGAAGAAGAUGAGGUGGAUCCGGAUGAAAACGACCCGGCUUCGAAUCGAAAGGAAGGAGACCAAGUUCUAAGUCUUGAUAAGCACCCUUCGUUGUCGCUGUAUUACCCGGAGUCGGACUCGGAUAGCUCUUCGGACGGCCGGUUUUCGGUGGAUGGAGUGUGGGACUCACCGGAGGCGAUAUGUUUCCGGUGGGAGAGGAUAGAGAAGGGCUGAUAGAGAUUGCUCUGGACGGCAAUUCAAAGAGAGGCAGCUUGGAUUUUCGGGUUGAUCACGAUCACGAGGAAGAAAAUUUGAUAGAGAUUGAUAUAUCUCCGACGAGAAGCAAUGAAUUUUGCGCCGAGAAAUGGCAGUUCUCCGGCGAUUUUAGGUUCAGCUAAUGUUGGAUUGGUAAUGAGAAUAAUAUCGAUGCAAGAUGGAUUAUGUUC